ACAGAUGACGAUGUGGCUGUUUGGAGCGAGACGGACCCUGGAAUGGGAGCUCAAAAUAAAUAAAUGGUAUUCGGUCUGUCUCACCUGGUCAGGCACAGCUCGUAGGCUGAAGAUCUACAUCAACGGGACCAUUCUUCAUGAGGCCCAUGUGGCGCCAAGCUCACCUCAGAAGCUGACCCCAAGGGGCACGCUGACUUUGGGGGGCUCUCAUUUUGUAGGCCAAAAUGGAGACGUGCACUUAGAGAGUUGGAAUAGCCUGAUGGGGGACAUCGGUCGGUUCGGGAUGUGGUCCAGAGUAUGGAGCGCUGAAGAUCUGCAGGAGCAGAGCUGUGCAGAUGGAGAUGUGGUGAGCUGGGACCUGCGGCAGUGGAAGAACACUUGCCCUGUUUUGCCUGACGACAGCUUACACUGUGCAUGGCCUUUCUACAAAAUCCAAAUGUGGAUAUACGCUGUUCCCACUACGGAUACUGGGGAAUGUCCAGGGUCAGUGGAGGAAGUGACACUGAGACACUGGCUGCAGAGCAUUUUGCCACACAACAUUGCUGUCCAUGACAUUUCCGUGUCGACUCCAAGCCACGACUGCCAUGUGGUUAAUAAUUCUGCGGCUCUACAUGUGUCUCAACAGCCUCAGGGAUCAAGAACGUGUCGCAUGUGUUUCAGCUCUGAAAUCUACUUGACCGCGGUUCCCGCGGCCGCAGUGGAAGCGAUUCAGUCGAACAUCACGGCACUGCUGAGUCUGACCUUCACUGACAACCUCCUCAAUCUGACAGCUGACCCUGGGAGCAUCAGCAUACAUCCAGUGGAGUUACUCCCUGCGGUCACUGAACCACCACCAACAACAGUUAGCACUGGUGUAACGACUUUAGAACCAGGUCCAACUCAAAGUCUUCCGGCUCCACCCACCGACAUGUCGACAACAAGAGAUCCAGCAGAUAUCAACGAGACUGUGGUUCGACCAGAUACCUUCUUCAGGGUUCAUAUGAACUUAACUAUGACAGGCAGCCCGAGAAACCCGGAGGAGAUCAUUGUUAAAUGGGUGAAAGACACUCUAGAGAAGAACAACACCAUGCGUGUACUGAAUCUCAUCAUCAAGGACAAAGACAGCAGGAACAUGGGCCAAAAUAAUGGGCGGACAAUUCCCAGUGUUCAACAGAAACAAUAUUACUGCAUCUUCCAAAUUCAGGACUGCAGCAGUAAAUCCCUUGAGCAAAUGUUUAUAGGCAUUGUCACGUCACUGACCUCAAAGUAUGAAAAUGGCUCGGUCACGAUUGAAACGAAGGACGUGGUCGUCAGGCACAUAAUGCCAGAGAGCUGUUUAGAAUCAACUACAUCGUCAAUCUACGGAGAAUACUUCUGGCCGGAGACGUUUCCACAAGCCACCCAGGUCAUGGGAUGCAAAAAACCAAAAGCACAGAGAGCUUACAGGCUUUGUGAGUUAGACAUUGAAACUGACACGACCAGAUGGGCUGAGCCUGACAUGAGCAGAUGUGACCAACUCGUGACCAUUUCAGACCUUGAAAAUAUCACUGUCACGACUGAUAACGCAGCUGAAGUAGUGGAAAUAAUUCAGAGCCUGGUGGAUGUUCAGUUGGGUAAGAGUCCAGAGCUGUCUUUGUCUGAGCUGAAAUCGGUGGUGGCGAAGCUCAAUGAGGUGGUUGACAUCAGUGCCAUCGACCCUGCUGUCGGUUCUGAAAUUGUCAACAUCAUUGCCGAUAUUCUUCUGUCCAAAACCGAAAUGAGACCAGUGGCUAAUGUGGUCCUCAACCUGACAGAGACAAUGGGGGACAAUAUGAUUAUCCAAAGUGAAUCUGAAAGUCUAACAGCGCCAUCACUGGCCAUCUCCAUGGUCAAUGCCGAUGCGGAGAAUUUCAAAGGUCUCACCUUUGGGGUGUCCUCAAUUUCUCCUCUGCUGGUUCCACAGACUUUUUUAAACCACAGUUACACGAGUGGGUCACGGCCAGACACAGUUGCAACAGUCUCUCUGCCAUCUGCGCUGCAGUCCUUUUUCAGAGGAAGCAGAACCCGUGUUCAGUUCCAGUUCCACGGCACAAUGGACCUUUUUCAGGAUCCACACAUAACUAAUGCAACACAGAGCAGCUGCACAUUAAACUCCUACAUAGUAUCAGCCAGUAUAAAUAACAGCCAUGUAAUUGACCUGAGCAAUCGAGUGUUGGUGACCCUGAGGAACAACAAGCCCAAACAGCCAGAAGACAGCGUGCAAUGUAUGUUCUGGGAUUUCGCAAAGAAUGGUGGACAGGGUGGUUGGAGCGGUAAAGGUUGUGAAACCUUCUCUGAUUCGUCUUAUGAAACCAGCUGUCUCUGUGAUCACCUCACACAUUUCGCUGUGCUCCUGGAUGUGUCCAGAACCCCCAUCGACGAGGCGAACAGUUACAUUUUGACUGUGAUCUCAUACCUCGGCUGUGGUAUAUCCUCCAUCUUCCUGGGCAUCACUCUUCUCACCUACCUCGGAUUUGAAAAACUGCGUCGGGACUACCCAUCCAAGAUCCUCAUCAAUCUGUCCUUCUCCCUGCUGGGGCUGAGCUUGCUCUUCCUCCUUGACUCUUGGCUCUCCUCCUUCUCAAACUACGGUCUGUGCAUUGCUACGGGUGCAGCGCUGCACUACUUUCUGCUCGCGUCGUUCACCUGGAUGGGCCUGGAGGCUGUGCACAUGUACCUCGCCCUGGUCAAGGUCUUCAAUACCUAUGUCCCUUCCUACAUCCUCAAGUUCUGCGCAGCAGGAUGGGGUAUUCCCCUGGUCAUCGUCAGUUUGGUGCUGGCUAUAGAUAAAGAUGCCUAUGGUGACACUGCGGCUGAAGAGGCUAAAAACAUGGAUCAGACCACUGUUCAGUUCUGCUGGCUGCAAAAUGACGUCUUCUUCUACGUGACCGUGGUGGCGUUUGUUCUCCUGAUCCUGUUGUGCAACAUCUCUGUGUUCAUUGUGGUUCUGAUUCAGAUCAGACGACUAAGGUCCAAUACAACCGCAAUAUACACCAGUGGCUUCCUGCAUGAUUUGCGGGCGGUGGCCAGUCUCACAGUCCUCUUAGGCCUGACAUGGAUAAUGGGCUUCUUUUCCUUUGGCCCUGGCAAAGUGGUCAUGAUGUACCUGUUCUCCAUCUUCAACACUCUGCAGGGGUUCUUUGUAUUUGUGUUCCACUGUUUAAUGAAGGAAAAUGUGAGGAAACAGUGGAGAAUGCACUUGUGCUGUGGACCCUUCAGACUCAGUGAUUACUCAGAUUGGAGCCGCUCUGCAACAGUGGGUGGCCACUGCAGAAAGAACAAUCUCAUCAACUCUGACACAGUCGCCUCUAACAACACCUGCUCUACGAGGAAGGUCUCUGACUUCUCUACAAACUCAGCAGCGAAUCAUCACCACCAGAGGGCAUGAGCAGCCUUUACAUGGCCCAUCAACGUUUGUGCGCUCUCACAAACGUUGUGAGGAUAAAGGAUGAGCUGCUCCAUCUCUGAGACGGGCUGCUAUUUAUUUUAUUUUUUUGAAAGUGUAAAACCAUAUAUAGACAAGUCACAUGAGAUGGACUGCUUUUAAUAUAUAACUGUUGAGCUUAUAAUUGGAAAAAUAAUGAUUUUUGUUUGUAAAAAAUACUUAGUGGAUGUCAUUCAUUUAAAGUUAUAACAGCUUUCCAGGGAAAUGGAAGUCAAGCAGAAAAAGAUUUAAUUUAUAAAAUGUCUAAAAUAUUUUGGAAUAUUGGCUCUUUUUCCUUUAAGUAAUGAAGUAUUGUUUUUAUUAAUUUACCUUUCAACAAUGAAUCUUAUUUGUGUGUUGUUUUUUUUGCUUGAAUAUAUACAAUUUUGCACAUUUAUGAAACAAAAACUAGACACUGAAUGUUACAAUAAAACAACACCUUGAUCUGCUGUCAUUACUCUGAGGUGAUCUGCCAUUAAAAAGAAAUCUGUGAUGAUGUAACAUGUCUGUGCUAUAUUGCAUUAAAGCUCAAGAUGCUUUAUAUUUA